AUGUCAUUAUCAAAUCAAACCGUUCAACAAGUUAAAACACUUAAAGAGUCCUCUAUUAUAGUUGAUACAAGAAGAACCAUUUCUACAAUCGAUGAAAAAAUUUAUUCCGGAUUUGUGGAACAUUUAGGUCGUUGUAUUUACGGAGGAUUAGUUGAUUAUUCUGAAAAUCCUAAAUGCAAAGUCAACGAAAAAGGUUAUAGAGAAGAUGUUUCCCAAGCUAUCAAAGAUUUGAACAUGCCAGUUGUUAGAUGGCCUGGAGGAAAUUUCGUUUCAUCUUACCAUUGGAUCGACGGAGUAGGUCCAAAGGAAGAUCGUCCAAGAAGACCAGAGUUAGCCUGGUUAGGUGAGGAAAGUAAUCAGUUUGGUACUGACGAAUUCAUGGAAUGGUGUGAAUACAUGGAUGUGGAACCUUAUUUCUGCCUCAAUAUGGGAACUGGUACUUUAGAUGAGGCUCUUGCUUGGAUCGAAUAUUGUAAUUCGACUGCUAAUACGCACUAUGCUAAUUUAAGAAGGAAAAAUGGUCAUCCUGAACCUUACAAUGUCAAAUACUGGGGUUUAGGUAACGAAGUUUGGGGUCCUUGGCAAGUAGGUCAAAUGACACAAGAAGAUUAUAGUAAAAAAGCCGCAGAGUGGGCAAAAGCUAUUAAACUAUUAGAUCCUAGUGUUAAAUUGAUCUCUUGUGGAUGUACAGGGAUUGAUAACUGGGAUCAUUAUGUUCUCGACAAGUUGAUCAAUUGGGUUGAUUAUCAUUCAAUUCAUAUUUAUACUGCUAACAGUGAUUAUAUGAAAAAUGUUACUGCACCAGUAGCUGCUGAAGCGGCUAUUCAAGUUACGAAGAAUUUGAUUGAUUUGGCAACUACACAAAACCCUCCAAAACCGAAUGGACUCACUAUUUUUUCAAGUGAAUUUAAGAAAGUUAAAAUUUGUUUCGAUGAAUGGAAUGUUUGGGAUCCAACUAGAGCUGAUGGGACCCAAGGUGCUGAAGAGCAAUAUACUUUGAGUGAUGCCCUUGCUGUAGCUUCUUGGUUGAAUGUCUUUGUUAGACAAAGUGAAAGUUUAGGAAUGUGUAACAUAGCUCAAGUAGUAAACGUUAUCGCUCCUAUUAUGACAAAUGAAUCAUCCAUGUUUUUGCAAACAACCUAUUAUCCUUUAAAAUUAUUUUCCAAUUUUAUGAGAGGGAAAACUUUGAAUUUACAUGUUGAAUCUACUAUGUAUGAAGGUGAUACGGGUAAUAAUGAUGGUACUCUUACUUGGAUCAAAAAUAAUUAUGCUACUCCUCUAUUGGAUGUAAGUGCUGCUCAAAAUGGGGACAAAACUUAUAUUGCUGUUGUCAAUAGAUGUAAAAACGAAGAUUCCAAGACCAAAAUUAGUUUCAAUUCUAAGGUGGUUAAGAUUCAUGCUUGGAAGCUUUACCACGAUGACAUUAUGGCUUACAAUGAUUUUGAGAAUCCCAACAAAAUCCAAUUGGAAGAAUCAGACAUAGAUUUCCAACAAGCUGAAGAUUUUAAUUUAACUUUGGAAUUUCCCAAGCAUUCAUUCACAAUGUUAGAAAUCAACUACUGA